ACUUUUUAAGUUGUAGUCACGCCAGUCUUAGCUACUCUUCAAUGUGUGGUCUUGGUUCACCUUCAUCUGGAGAUGCAGAGAGCUGCGAGGGAGGGAGGCGAGAUGACUGUAGUUUUUGUUGAGUUUCCGGAGAGUAAUGGAGGGAAUUUAGAGAUCGCAUCGAAUCGUGCUUAAAUCCGACUGUGCUUCAACCUUCGAGCCUGCUCUUCACUGCGAGGACGCGUCCUGGGUUCGGGGACACGAGGAGGAGAGCGAGUCGCGGAGAGCUUCCUGAAGUCGGGGCGAUAUUCAUGUCGAAUGCCAGUACCAAGGAAGAAUGUCUGGAGAAGAGGCUCUUCGGCCUUCCCCACUCCCACGUCGAUUUCGUGAGGAGAGUCAAAGCUGGAAUGAUCCUGUUCCUCUUCGAAUACGAGCAGAGGGAGCUCCACGGGGUCUUCGAGGCGGCUUCAAAUGGCGAGGUCGACAUUAUCUCCUCUGCUUAUGCUUCAUCGGGGAAGCAGUUCCCUGCUCAGGUCCAAGUUAGCAGAAUUUGGCACUGUCAUCCACUUUCUGAAGGAGAAUUCCGUGGGGCCAUUGAAGGCAACUACUUCAGUGGCCACAAGUUCAAUUUCGGUCUCUCCUAUGAUCAGGUUCACCAGCUUCUUUGUUUGUUUGACUCCAGAAAGAUCGGAGAUUUGAAAGAUACAGUUUUUAAUUCAUGCGCGACAACUGAAUUUGUAGAAAGACGUCCUAUACCUUUGCAUCUUGAUGGAAAAGUAGAAGGCGCUCAUUUGGCAGACACAGAUGCUGAAGUCGAGUCAUCUUACCCGGCCACAGAGUUGCCCGGAUAUUCUGAGAGAUCUCUUCCAGAAGAUUGUUUUUCUCUGGUUUCUGAAACAAUGGACAAGUCAAGCCCUGCCAGAAUCUCGUCUGAUACUCUUAGUCUUGCUUGCUCUUCGCCUUCUCAAACAAGACAGAAAUUGCAUGAAGUUGAAACUCAGUGUGCCGAUGCUUUAGGAAGUCAGUUGAUCCAACUUCAUGGCAUCGCAGAAGAUAAUGCUCGUCCUUGUUUGAAUGCUGACCUUGGUGAUUUCAUACCUUUGUCCUUCCAUGACGAUGUGAACGCGCCAGAAGACGAAGAUGAAGACGAAUCCGUGAUACCUAGUUUAUGGUCAGACGACCUCUGCUUCAAGCCAUACAAUCCAAUUAUUUCGGGUGUUGAUGGUUCUGUGGAUCCAUGUGAACUCCCUACCUUAGAUCCACAAAAAAGUCUGUUCCCUACGAUUGGUGAAUCAUCCUCUGCAAUCAUCCCUUUACGAAUCAUGACAGACCACCAAAUGAAGGAAGAUGACGAUCACUUGAAUUCUCUCUCAGGCAGCCAAGAGAACAGUAUUUCAGAAGACACUGAUAACUUUCCCUGCGUCAAGUGUCUGUAUUCUGACUCGUUACUCCCGAGCGAGAAAGGUAGCGUCUUCUCUCGUUUGACGAAAGGAACCAUACAAGAAAAGCAUGAUCCCGAUGAUGGGGUAACAUCAGUUGAUGACAUUAUGGAAAAGUUGCAACUGAAGCGUGAGGCUUGGAUGAACACGGCAAAAGAUCAAAAUACUGCUCUGAAGUCUGGGGCUGUGAAUAAUUCGAGAAAGAGUGUGUUCAAGCGGCUAGGUUUGCCUUUGGAAACCAGCGGAUCAGAAGGGCAAUGUGUUUGGGAGGUGUCGAUGGGAGGCAGCAAGUGCGCCAGGAAGAAGAGAAAACACGAAGUACUGUGACAGCACCGCACUUCGGAGUUAAAAUAAUGCACAUUAUCACAUGAUUGACUAGAGUAGCUCAGUGGAUACCUGGGCCCCUCAUGGCUGAAUGGAAGAACCAAGAUUAAAUUGUAGUAGGCAAGGAGUGGAACUAAUGGCAUGAGUAGUGGACGGGGUCGAGAUAAUGUCCUGUCCAAUGAAAGUCUGCAAAAAGUACGCCACUGAGUUCAGUGUUUGGUGAAAUCUACCCUGUGUUGGUGAGAGUUUUGCCAAAAAAUACUAAAAGCAUCAUAUAAACUGAAACGGUAGGGCAGACUUAUAAAUAUGAAUACUAUUAGGCCAUUGUGCUAGAGUUUAUGUCAGACAUGUUCCGUAUAUUAUCAUAGCACCGGAAUAUACACAUUUUGGUGAGUGAUAUAAGAAGCAUAAGUAUAUGAUCUCCUCAUUUCAAA